UUCCCCCUGCACCCUGUCCGGGAGUGUUUCAGCAGCCUGUGACGGCAGCCAGGCCCCCAUGGCCUGGCACUGAGCCCUCUGCAUCCUCCUCCCUGCCCCAGGGCUGGCCCCAGUGCUGCUCCACCAGGGAAACGCCAGCCCAGGAGCUGCAGGAAGAUGAUGGACCUGCCUGCCUCCCCACCGGCGUUGAGGAUGUGGCUGGGGCUCGGGCUCUUCAUGCUGCUCUGCCUUGGGAUAGGCCAAGCACUGGAGAAGAAAGUAGUCAAAAGCAAAGUGGGGGAAAAGGUCAGCCUGCCUUGCUGUCAUGAGAUCCCCAGCUCAGAAAGCCUACACAAGUACCGGGUCUACUGGCAGAAGAACAUUACAGACGUGGUGCUGGCCUACUCAGAGGGGAACAAGAUCUUUCAUCACGAGCGCUACCAGAACCGGACAGAGAUGGACCCCUGGAACCUCACUCUGUGGAUCUCCCCCAUGGAAAUCCUGGACAAUGGCUCUUACCAGUGCGUGGUUCAGCGCAACUCGGUCCUCGUGUGCAGCGAGUCCGUCAUCCUCUUUGUGACAGCUGACUUCAGCACGCCCAACAUAACAACAGAAGUGUCCGCCGAGUCUUGCGAGUUGACUGAGAUGGUGAUAACCUGUUCUUCUCACGGAGGGUUCCCCAAGCCCAAAAUCUCUGGGGCCCUCAACAACGUGUCCAUGGAGUGGAAUGCCAGCUGGGUGUCUGAGUCCAGCUUCAGCCCCUACAGUGUCACUGGAAAGCUGGUGCUCAACGUGACCAAAGACGUCAACAUCUCUUGCUCCGUUGAAUACAGCGGCUUUGCCAAGUCCUCCAGUUUGCUUCUGAAAAAAACAAACAGCUGCGUUGUUCCUCCUGUGCCUCCAUCUUAUAAUGUCAUUAUUGCUUCAAUUAUCAUCCUUAUCAUCUUCAUUCUGGCUAUCACCCUGGCAGCAAGAUACCUCCCAAGGCAUGUUUGUUCUCAGUGUUGUAAGCACCAGGAUUCGGUGGAAGAGGGUGUGAAAGAAUACACAAAAGCACCCAUGAGCUCUAAAGUGACAUCUGAAACAUCAUCUGUAUGACCAGAUAGCAUUUGCAGGUUCCUCGCGCUGUGCAUCCCGCACUGCAGACUCCACUGUUGGCUGUACAGCGACGCUUGCUGCACCGCCCCUCUCUGCAAGGGGGUGGCAGCGGGAGAAAACUCUGCUCACCACGGCUGGAACACGACCUCCUGUGGACGGAUGCAAACCCCCGGCCACGCCACGGGAGCUGUGCCGUGGCCCGGGCACAAGGAGGUCGCUGGGAUCCCAGGACCCUCCGUGUUCCUGCAGCGGGGCAGAAGGAUGUCACCACUGCCACACCACGACAAGGCUUCAGCCACCUCUGGCUUUGAUGCUGCCUCUGAGAGAAUCAGGGGCCUGCAGAGCCCUAGCAGGGUGCCCAUGCCCUCCUACCCCUUCAGAAACACGGAGCUGCCCUUUGGGACACCCCAAAUCCUGACAUGGAGUCUCGUCAGUUUGUGCCUCCGUGUUGUGAGUGGGAGCAGCCAAAACUGCUUUUAUAUUCAGCCUUACACAAGUAUCUGUUCUUCCUGCUGGAGGACUUUGGAUUUGGACUCGACCAUUACAGAUACACAUCCCUUCUCCCCUAAAGAGGAAAUAGUGGACACAUUUCUCAUGAAAAAAAGACAUUUUGGAAGCGAGUCUAUGUGCCUCAUGCUUAUUUGCAGCGCUACGAGACUUUUACACACUGACAGCACUCCUAAGAGCUAAUUAAUACUGCUUACCUACUGCAGUGGCACAAGUUCUCACAACCUUUCUCUCCUGAAAGGACAGCCUUGCCAACCCAAGCACCGAGGUACAGCUGCUCCAUCCAGCUGCUAUGUGAGGGCACACAUAGGGCCAAGCUUCCACGUGCAUCCCCUCUUCCCAGCCACACCUGUACAGCCCCGCUGGAACUCGUGUGACAGCCAGUGGUGAUCUCGUGUGUAUCUGCUGUAAUCAGAUGUAACUCGGGGCCUUGCUUCACAAACAUGGGUCUGCUUCUGUGUGUGCAUCUGCCACGGGAUACUUGUUAGGGAAAGCUCUGCAGAUUUUUGGGAGUUUCGCACAGCAACGUGAGGAUAUUUACAUUGCUGCUUUCUGCCAGUGUUCUCUCUACCCAGCCAGGACUAGAAGGAAUUUCCCUACAGGAUGACAACAUUGAACAGGACUCAUCUGAUCCGGGUGACAUUCUUGCCUACUGUGUAGGAAAAAAUGGCUUCUCGUUUUGAGGGGAAAGGAGGAAAAUGCCCCAACCCCCAAUAAGCUUCCUAAGCAACUCUGCCCUGAGUUUGACUGGAACGUUUUUCCCUUUUGCUCUGCAGGCUGUACCCAUUCCCUCACUGUUCUAUCCACGUUAUCAGGGCAAACCAAAGUCUGAAAGCACAGUGCCAUCCUCUUUGUGGAAUAUGUUGUUACUUGAGCUGCUUAUCUUCCUAGGACACAGCAAAGACACAGUCCAUCCAUUUCACUUUUUUUCUAGUUGGUACAUAUUGAGAAACUGCUGGAGAAAAUAGGAGGAUUAAAAGUGGUUUAUAGGAUACUGAGCUCUGAGAUUAAGUAAAAAAUAAGACAAUGCUCUCUUCCUACUCCUGCAGAGUCACGCUGUGCCAUCACCUUUUUACUGCUUUCCCAUUGUAUCAAGUGCAAUGGGAACUUCAGAACAUUCUUACAGAGGAGUUUUUGACAGAGAAAAGGAGGCAAGCUGGGGGUUAAGGAAACAAUUGCACUUGUGUGUUCUGGUUGCAAACAGAACACAAGUGACAGAAAUCAGGGUGUUUUCAAAAGGCAGCCUGACCCUAUUGCAGGACUUGGUGCAUGAGUGAUGUGUCUCACAGUUUUCAGGUUUCCUGUUCCUUCAGCCUAUGUGUGCUCCAGCACAAACCACCAGCUCCUUGCAGGCUCACCACCCUCUCUUGGCAUUCACUUCCAACUUUGCUGAUUUCCAUCACUGCUCUUCCCUACAACCACACUGCAGCUGCACCUUGGCAGCCACACCACAGCUCUGCCAGUUGUACCAGCAUGUUUUCCCUCUCACUAUCCCAUGCUCUCUUCUGCUCCUGACCAGUAAUUGCUUAGCCUCCCGGAAAAGGGCUUGCCUUUUGCUCUGUGCCAAACCUUUCCACAGCACCACAAACUCCAGUAACACUUCCAGUAACUCCUUCUAAAGGAAUCCAAAAAUUUCACUGACAAGUAUGUCUAGCAUCAGGUUAUUUGGCUCAUUUUUCAUUAAGCACUAAUACUCUGGAUCACGUUUUCUAUUGCCUUAUGCUGUAUUCAGUGAACUGCACACAAAUGGUUUCUGUGAGACCUUCUCAGCUUCACAUCUGUGUCAUUGUAGCAAGUGAGCUGCUUUGUUUACCCUGUUUUGUAUAUAAUGUUGUUUCCUGGGGUUCCUCCUUUAAUUGUAUUAAAAAAUAAAUUGUAAACUCGGUUUCCUUUCCUUAGUAAUAAAAGAUGUCUGUCUAUGCAGUGGGUAGAACCUCUGUUAUUCAUGUUAGCCACCAUUCCACAGCAUCCAGGUAGAAGCAGGGUCACCUGUACCAGGUACAGCUGGCAUCAAGCCACAGCUCUGUCCAGUGUGCUGACAGCAGUGACAAAAUGACACUCAGGCAAUCCAACUUGUGACUUCCACACCCCUCACAUCUGUUUGCCAGGGGCUAGCUGAGCAGUGUAGCCACAGAUCAUCCUUCUCCCUCCACAGGAGGUUCUCUGCAAAAGGAAAACUCAGUGUAAGCUGUUCUCACUGUAUCCCUGCUCCUUGGGUUACCUACUCUGAAAGUGGAGGGUCAAUAAUUUCUGUGCUCUGCUUUUGCUGGGAGUGGAGGGAGUGGGGAUGUGAAGAAUCCUUUACAGAUAUGUAAGAAACAAACUCUGAACCAAUUCUUCACUCCCUAUUCAGGAGUCCAAGAAAUAAGGAAGUGCAGGGAACUAAUUUCAGCAGGAAACUGAGAAACAAAUGGCUGCUAAUUUUCAGUGCAGCUGGAAGUUUCUGCUUCCCCUUAAAAACAUGUAGCAGCCCUCCCCUGCACAGAGAGAAAAUCCACACCACUGCUACACCUUGGCACAGCCUUCCCUCUCAUGGAAGAACACCCCUGCAUCAAUGGUCAGGCACAGGAAAAUUAGUAUUCUUUAGGCAUCACAUCAAAUACCACCAAACAGAAAUAGAGACAGAGCAAUGACACAGCUAAAUGUCAUCAGAGCUAGAAAGGCCUCUUCUUUUUUUUUGGGGGGGGGCAAAGGACAACACCAUUACUGUCACCAACACAUACAGCUUAAAACAGGAAGGGGAAAAAAUACAUCCAUACCUCUGUUUAUGCAAAUCCUUCUCUUACACAUAGAAAAGGAAAAUCAGAGCUGGUUGAUGACAACCCUGAAAUACACAUGUUUCUUCAAUGGAAAAAUGAGCUACACUGGAGUGUUUAAAAAAUUAAAUGCUCACUUCAGGAGUCAGAAAACACAACACCUUCUUGAAAGCAAACUGUGCCAAAAAUCUGCUUUGGGUGGGUGGAAACACUCUGUGGGAUUGACUGUUCAUAUUUCAAUCAACACUAAUUAUCUGGAAAAGCAUUAGACCAGAACAGAUUCUUCUCUUAUGAGAAGAACACUCAAAAAUCCUGCCUGGAUGUAAUUCCUUUUAGCAGGAGAGGAAAGAAAGAGAACAGGAAUUCUGACCUCCUGCUUUGGGGAGAGAGUGAUGGGGCAUCUCACCCUUCUGAGCCCAGACCAUGUUACAGUAACUCCAGCACCACCCACAGGUAACAGCUCUGACUGAACAGUUCAUCUCUGGAACACAAUAACAGAGCUGGCACCCUCGUGGCUCUUGCCUCUGUUACUGCCUGGGUUGAGGAAUGUCUGGUGGGAUCUUAGAGCUCUUCUCAAGGAGUAUGACUCAAGGAUGCUGCUCUAGUACCAACACUGUGCUGGCAUAAAGCACCAGCUGUACUGACAUAAAGAGCUUAUGGACACAGUCACCACUGCUCAAUGGCUUUAUUGAGUGUCUUGAACUACAUUUCCCCCAAAAGUCAUCCCCUGAUUUCCAAACUGUAAAUGAAAUUAGAGGCCUUCUUGUUAAAACGUCCACAGUGCCAAGCCUUCCAUUGUCACCACCAGAAAUAAGUCAUGUUUUCUGUGGCACGCUCUGGCUUUUAUUGAGGAAC